AUGUUCGUCGCUUUCGUCCUGUUGGCUGCACUAGCCGCCCUGCCCUGGGUCCCUGCAUCGCCACUGCAUCCUCGUUCCGAAUACACUGUCAAAGAAUCCAACAAUGUCCCUCCCGCGUGGUCAAAUGUUGGCAACCCACAUCCUCUCCAUCUCUUGACGCUCAAUAUCGGCUUGCAGCCCAAUAAUUUCGAUCUCCUCGAGCAACACCUGCACCAAGUUUCCGACCCAUCCCACCAUCGCUAUGGCCAACAUCUGUCCCAGGAAGAAGUUCACGACCUCAUCAAACCCUCUGAUGAAACAUACGAUCUGAUUCGAAACUGGCUGAGCGACAACGACAUCGACCCGUCUCAUUGCGAAGUUAAUUCCGCCCGUGAUUGGAUCACCGUCACUCUCCCUGUCAACAAAGCUGAGGUGCUGCUUGACACCAAAUACGCCGUCUACCAGCAUGAGGACGGCUCCACACUCGUCCGAACCACCAGCUGGUCUCUCCCACGCUCCCUCCAUGACCAUGUCACUACGAUUCAACCCACGACUGCCUUCCUCCGACCAAAUCCCAAGGCCAGUACCCUCAUUGAUGUCCCUGUGGACAUUGACAUUUCCCAGCUCACUGCCGCCGCCAAUGCUACCACCAUCAAAGGCUCCUGCAAUUUCGCAGGCAUGACGCCCAAAUGCCUGCGAACCCUGUACAACACCAUCAACUACACCCCUCAAGCUCCCCAAAAUAACUCUGUCGCCUUUACCAACUACCUUGGCCAAGUGUCUAAUCGAACCGACGCCCAAACCUUUUUGCGGAACUUUCGUCCUGACGCCGUCGACUCUGCCUUCGCUGUUACCCAGGUCUCGGUGAAUGGUGGAGCUGUUGACAAUGGCACUGCGGGAGCAGGCUUAGAAGGCAAUCUCGAUCUUCAAACCAUGCUUGGAAUUGUCUAUCCCACGCCCGUCACCCUGUACUCAACAGGCGGCGAACCUCCCUUUAAACCCGACGACUUCAGCGUGACCAACACGAAUGAGCCCUACCUAACCUGGCUCCUCUUCCUGCGCGACCAAGACAUCAAGACCAUCCCUAAAGUCAUUUCAACCUCUUACGGUGACCAUGAACAAACCGUACCCCAAAGCUACGCGAAGACCGUGUGCAAUCAAUUCGCCGCCCUGGGUGCUCAGGGGAUCUCGUUGUUCUUCAGCUCCGGGGACUCUGGAGUAGGUGACAACUCUAGCUGCAUCACCAAUGACGGUAAAAAUCGAACCACGUUUAUCCCUGUUUUCCCGGCCUCUUGUCCAUAUGUCACUACCGUUGGCGGAACUAUGAACUAUCCCGAAGUCGUCGCCCACGACUCGUAUAACUCUUUUGCGUCUGGUUCGGGUUUUAGCAAUUACUUUACGCGACCGAAAUACCAAAACACCAGCGUGGAGCGGUACCUAGACACCAUCGGCGACAAGUUCAAAGGGCUAUACAACCGGUCUGGUCGUGCGUAUCCCGACAUAGCGGCUCAGGGGUACAAGUACCUCAUCUUUCUCGGCCAAAGCCCUAGAAGCGUUGACGGCACAAGCUGCUCGGCCCCGACCAUGGCCAGCAUCUUCUCCCUGGUGAAUGAUGCGCUUGCUGCAGCGGGCAAGCCCCCAAUGGGCUGGCUCAAUCCCUGGCUCUACAGCAAAGGCUUCGCGGCAUUCACUGAUGUUGUCAAUGGCAGCAGUGUAGGCUGCAACGGGCCCGGGUUCGGUGCUUCCAAGGGAUGGGACGUCGCAAGUGGCUUUGGUACCCCGGACUUUGAGAAAAUCUUGGAUGUGCUGGAAAUCGGAGGAUCUUGA